UCCUUAUCAUUAACCUCCGUUUCUCUCUCCACUCCCCCUCUCCGGCUCUCACUCGCCUCUUCAAUACAGCCCCCCGCACCCCCACCCCCCCUCAACCCCUCUUCUCCGCUUCUCUCGUUGCCUCGCAAUGAACUGCACUAACGGAACCAAGUGCCACCUGGACCAUUCCAUGGACUCUUGGUUUUUCCCCAUUGUCUACACCACCAUCUUCUGCCUGAGCUUCCCGCUGAACAGCCUGGCCCUCUGCGCAGCCAUUAGACAAGUGCAACGUAGAACCGAGCUCGGGGUCUACCUCUUCAACCUGUCUCUGGCUGACCUCCUCUACACGUUGACGCUGCCGCUGUGGAUAGACUUUUCGCUCUCUGACGAUAACUGGCGGGCGGGGAUUGUCCUGUGUAAGAUCUGUUCCUUCCUGACGUACACCAACCUGUAUGCGAGCGCUGGGUUCCUCUGUUGCAUCUCCUUCGUCCGGUUCCUGGGCGUGGUUUACCCUUUGAGAUUCCUGCAGAUCCGCACAGUCCGGGCCGCGGUGGUGAUCAGCCUCGUCGUGUGGGUCUUCCAGUCGGCGACCCACGUUCUCCUGCUGAUCAAGGACGAGACGUACAUUGACGAUAACAUGCACGUGCUGUGCUACGACAUCUACCCGCUCGAGCGGUGGAAAGCGCACCUGAACUACGUCCACGUGGCCUUCGGGUUCGUCUUCCCGCUGGUCCUGCUCCUCGCCUUCCACCGCGGGAUCUGCAACGCCAUCCGGGGCAACAGGGCCACCAGGGCCCACGAGAAGAGGCGAGCCAAGAAGCUGAUGUUGAGCAUCACCCUGUCGUUCGUGCUGUGCUUCGCCCCUUACCACGCCGUGCUCCUGGUCAGGAGCGUGAGAGAACCGGAUGACUGCUGCUUCGCUCGGUCCAUCUUCAAGGCAUACAAACUGUCUGUGGCUCUGACCACCCUGAACUGUCUGUCAGACCCCGUGCUGUACUGCUUUGUCAGCGAGUCGGUGCGUGAUGACAUGCUGCCCUUUUCCUUCCUCCUCGGCCGAAGAAGGAAACCGAAGUUGGCGUCAGCGACAACCCAAAUGGUAAUGGAGUGAGCAAGAGCGCGGACCGGGCUGGGAGCCAUCCUCGCUCCGCAAAAGGACAUCACCGCGGUGCAUUACUGAGCCAAACCGACCGAGCUCUGGGCAAACUCAGGCACGUCCGACUCACUCCGCUUAUCAAGUCCGUGAAU